GACAUUUUUUGACCGAUAAAGUUUGGUUUGAAUUCGUUACAAACACUAUUUCGUUUGUCACUCUUCAAAUAUCAACAGUGGCAAACAACGUCAAACAUCGAACAUGGAAAUAAUAUCGUGCGAACAGAUCGAAAGAGUAUUUUAGGCAUUCAAUAACUGAAUAUUUGCGCGUCGUGUUUUGUGUCGAACAUAUUUGACUAGUCCACUUUGAUCAAAUUUUAUCCGUCGAAAAGUGUCAAAUAUUUGGCUUCGGUGAAACAGUGCAUGAGCACCCAUAGCACUAUAUUUCGCAUUAUGGCAAGAAGAUUAUCAAGGUUAGACCGUUCUGGAUUGGCGAAAGAAAUCGACGUGGAUAUUGGCACUGACGAUGAAUCGAUUAAAAAUAUCGAACAGGAAGUCUUAGUGGAAGAAAAGGAUAUAUAUCAGGUAAAAAAGAAAAGAAAGCGAGGGAAGGUUGAGGCAGCGUGGGAUGAGGCAAACAUAAACAAACUCAUUAGUGCCGUAGAGGAGAAUGACUGCAUCUGGAACGCUGGGAACAAAGAAUACAAAAAUCGUGAUAUGCGCGAUGCUUCAUGGCAACAUAUAACCGAAAAUGUUUUUGACGGACAAUAUAGUGUAGCAGAAGUAUGCGCCAAAUGGACAAACCUCCGAAUUCAGUUCCGAUCAUACCAUGCAAAAGAAAAUAAGCGAAAAUCUGACCAAGGGGCUUAUUCUAGAAUAUCUUGGCGAUUCUACAGGCAAAUGAUGUUUAUUAAUAACGCCGAGGACCAACAGACGGAAAAAUCCGAAUCAAAUCUGACCCUAGAGGAGGAUUCUGUCAAGGGGACACCAAAACGGCAAAUCAGCAGCCCGAAAAGCAAUAAGGGUACGCAACAAUCUGCAGAGUCUACAGGAGAUCCCACUACAGCAAUUGCUCUAGAAGGAAUACAAGCGGCAUUGAAGAAAUUGUCUGAAGUUGAUAGCUAUCAGGUGUUCGGGAAUUAUAUUGCCGAGGAGUUACGUAAGCUUUCCGAUGCAAACGCUGCGAACAGGAUUCAGCGAAAACUAGCGAGGCAGCUGAUCGACUCUCUGGAUGAACUAGACUAUAUUUUACCUUAACGCCAAUUUCCCAAACAUACCUCAUCUUUUAAACGAUAGAAAAUAUAGUAUCAUACAUCAAACUACAAACAA